GGAUGACAGGGACCGGAGUUGUUGCUGUUGUGGAGUUCAGCGUUCAGGUUGCAGAACCAGCCGGUGUUCUUUCAUGAGAACAAUUCAACCCAACCACCUACGACUGAGGAUAUUAUAUCUAUCGUUCAAUCAUGGAGGAAUGUCAGCACUUGAAUAAAACAACAGAGGCGCAAUCCUCAAAGCAAAGGAAGGAUAGAUGUUGCGAUUCACUCAAGGUGUUCUUGGCAGCUCUGUCAUUCAGCUUUAUUUGUAAGUUGAUAGCUGGGAUCAGUAUGAAAACUGCCAUUACUCAUAUUGAAAGGAGAUUUGACCUAUCUUCUUCUGUUUCUGGUUUCAUUGAUGGAGGCUUUGAGAUAGGAAAUUUGCUCAUAAUUGUGUUUGUAAGUUACUUUGGAUCCAAACUACACAGGCCAAAAAUCAUUGGCAUAGGUUGUGCUGUUAUGGGAGCUGGAAGUAUUCUGACUGCUUUGCCUCAUUUCUUCAUGGGAUAUUACAGAUAUUCUAUAGAACACAAUGUUAACACAACAGAGAAUUUGAUACCAACUUGUUCAAUUAAUCAGACUGGUACACUCACUAAACUAUCACCUGAAAUAACAGGAAAAGGUUGUGAAAAGGAAUCUGGAUCAUCCAUGUGGAUCUAUGUUCUAAUGGGCAACAUGCUUCGUGGAAUAGGAGAAACCCCUAUUGCACCGCUGGGAAUUUCUUAUAUUGAUGACUUUGCUAAAGCAGGACAAUCCCCUCUUUAUUUAGGCAUUUUGCAUUCAACGGCGAUGUUUGGCUUGAUCUGUGCCUUUCUGAUCGGAGCUCUAUUUACUAGAAUGUAUGUGGACACUGGCUUUGUGGACCUGAGCACCAUCAGAAUAACUCCUAAUGACACCCGCUGGGUUGGUGCCUGGUGGCUCAGUUUCCUUAUAUCUGGGUCCCUGUCCAUCAUUUCUUCCAUACCAUUCUUUCUCCUACCACGAAAUCCAAAUAAACCACAGGAAGAAAGUAAAGUUUCAACAGAUGUGCAAGGACUCAAAUCAGAUGAGGAAAAAAGCCAAACAGCUAAUUUGAACAAUCCUGAACAACAUGCUACUUUAACUAUAACUGAGUUUUUGAAGUCUCUGAAAAAGCUCCUUACAAACCAUCUCUAUGUGAUAUUUAUGCUUUUUACCUUGAUGAAGUUCAGUGGCUUUGUUGGCAGCUUUACGUACCUCUUCAAGUACAUGGAACAACAGUUUGGCUAUUCCAUAUCUCAAUCCAACAUGCUAGGUGCCAUCACCAUACCUAUUAUGGUAAUUGGAACGAUGUUAGGAGGAUUUCUCAUUAAAAAAUUCAAAAUGACAGUGGUUGGAAUUGCCAAAUUUGCACUUCUUAGUUCAGUAAUGAGCUUCUUAUGUCAAGUGUCCUACCUUCUUCUCAUGUGUGAUGGCAAGUCAGUUGCCGGCUUAACUUUGGCCUACGAUGGAAUUAGUCCACUGCCAUCUCAAGCAGACAGACUGCUGCCUCACUGCAACUCACACUGCCAUUGUGAUGAAAGUCAAUGGGAACCAGUCUGUGGGGACAAUGGAAUAACUUACUUGUCACCUUGUCUGGCAGGAUGCAAAUCCAGAGUUGACAAUAAAAAGUCUAAUGUGUUCCUCAACUGUAGUUGUCUUGAAAUUUCUGGCAUUAAGAGCACAAAUUACUCUGUUCGUUUGGGAGAAUGCCCAAGAGAUAAUCAUUGUAAAAAGAAACAUUACAUAUACAUAGGCAUACAAUUCUUGGAUGCUUUUUUUACUUCCUUGGGAAGUACCUCAUAUAUGUUGUUGCUUAUGAAGAAUGUUCUACCUGAGCUGAAAUCACUUGCUUUGGGGUUUCAUUCCCUGAUAAUGCGAGGAAUAGGAGGGAUACUAAGUCCAAUUUAUUUUGGGGCCGUGAUUGAUAGAACAUGCAUAAAAUGGUCCACCAACAGCUGUGGAGAACGAGGGGCCUGUAGGAUAUACGAUACACAAUCAUUUGGAACUUCCUACUUGGGCUUGUCUGCUAUCUUUAAACUUUUAGGAGUUAUUGUUUGUAUCAUAUUUAUUUAUGCCUUAAAGAAAAAACUUGAAGGGAAAGAGACUAAGGCCAUGGAAAAUGGAGGAAAAGGCAUGGAUGACACAAACCUAGAAGCCCUAAGUAGCAAUGGACAUUGUGUACCUUCUGCUUCCGAAGUCAAGGACACACAUAUUUAAGACAACAAAAAGAUACAACAAUGCAGUGUUGAAGCAAUGUGGUGUUACUUCUCAGCUCUGGUAAAUUCAGGAAGACUUACUGCUCUCUUCCACUGGACACAUAAUGAAAGAAUGAAUAAACCUAUGAAGGUGUAAUUAAACAAAUACAAACAUAAAGAAUGGAGUAGCCAUUGUUAGGGUCUAGCGCAUGUGGUUAGUAUUGGAAAAUAUGAUCCGGAAAAAUACAGAGUGGGAGGCCUAGUUAGGAUAUAAUAGAAAAAAAAGUACUUGCUGGGGUAAUUGUAAAUUUUAACAAAACUUGUAACUCGAAACUGGGUAGAGGUGAAAAAGGGGAAAAAUCAGUAGUCUAAUGCGAAACAUCUAGUAUCUCAAA